AUGGCCGUCGAAGAUGAAUGCCAUUGCUCUGAUACCUCUGAACCAUCCAACCUGACUUCCGUACACACAGAUAUGAGUUCAAUUAUGAACUACCCUGAAUUGAAUAAGAACGGUGUAACACUUAUUGAAAAGUGUCUGUGCCGAUCUGUCCAAUGCCCGCCACCAGAUAAUGCACUAACACGACCAGUCAGAGAAGUUUCACCCCAAAGAUAUCAGGCCGAUUAUCAAGCGCCGUUACAAAAUUACCCAAAUUCAGAGCUCUCUACUCAACCCGUUGUUCAAAAUAGACAAACUCCAGUGGCCUGUCAUUGCCCUUACACAUAUAAGACCAACGGACAUAAUGUACCAAAACAGGAGCAAGAUUUAGCGCAAGCACAGCAGCCUCUGAAAGAAAGGACGAAUUUCAAAUGGCCCCGGAGGCAAAGUCCAAAGCUAGGGGAUAAGACGUUUCAAGUAAAAGUUAAGAAAAAUCAAUAUCAGAACUAUCCAAAGAGCUAUGUGUGCUGUGAAAUGUCGGAAGGAAUACCUAAAAAACAAAAACGGGAUCUUGAAAAAUUACGGGCCCCAGGACACAAUGUGGAGGACGGUUCAGAAAAGAUAGACAUAUACUACUUUGAUCACGGCAACUCGGCAUAUUAUCGCACGACUGAUGCCCCGCCGAUACUGGCAACAGAAAAAUGCGCCGAACGAACUGAUUACAUAGCGACUCGUUUCUGGGCUGAAAUAUUCGGAACGAUUCACAUAGGAAUCGCUUUUGUAACCGCCUUCAUACUACAGCUCAUCCGAUUUCUUCUCUUUAGUAUAGUUAGACCUCUUACCGUGGGAAUAGUGCAGCUGAUCGCGGAUUACUUCAUAAAACCAGCUUUAUCGAUAUUAUUCAAUGCGUUGAUACAGCCAGUACUGAUACUAUUGUACAACAUAGCUACCUCUUUCAGAGAUCUUUGCGAGCCUGUAGCUGAAGGGAUAGGUUUCUUCUUAAGAGAGAUAGCUCAGCUAUUCAGAGCCUUCAGAAUUGUCGAAGUCAACAAUUCCACUACUAAGAACUGUUCCUGAUGAAAUCUGAAA